AUGGCCAGCGACAUACUCAUCGCCGUGAAUGACCAGGGAUCUCUCUCCUACAGCCGCAUCGAUCCGGUCAACAUGACCACUAUCGAGAUACCAGUCAACAGUAUCCAAGAUUCGCCGUCGACGUACACGUUCGUUUUCCAAGAUCCCAAAGCGCUAGAAAAGAUUUUCAAGUGUUCGACGCCUUCCAAUAGGUAUUUGGUCGAUGAAAUGCGAAAGCUGCGCCUUGACAUCCUGCAAACUAUCUCGGCGGCACAGUUGACUCCUCUAGAAGAGAAUGGGGGUAUCGACGGGCCGAAUAUGUCUCCGUUAGUGGAGAAUUGGAGGAGCGCUUGUCGAAGUAUUCCGAAAGGCCAUCAGAUCGAGGAAAUUAUCUUCAACAUGUCAUGCGGGCAACAAAUCGAAAUCAGACACAUAGUCAGAUUACUGCAGCAAAUCAGCACCACGAUUAUGAUUAAGGGCAGCAGCCCAUUUCGCUGUCAAGUUCAGGGUUGUGAUGCCGAAAAGAAAGCUUGGUUAGAAGCGAGUCUGGUCAGUGCCUGA